AUGGACAAGAUGCAGCUCGACAGUUGUUUCAACCAGUCAUUAUGUGCCGAUAUUGUCUCUGUUGUUGCAAUGGCAUUAACUAAUACAACAGAAAUGUUACACUAUCGUUUAUUCAGUUCCAGUGAAGAUAUUGAUCCAUGGGGACAUGAAUAUAUUAUACAUUUAUCAGCUGAAAUAGCAUCUGAAUUGAAAAAAGUCGAUCCUACACAAAAAUUAUCAGUAUUAGCUAAGCGAAUUAUAACAUUGUUAAUAAAACAUAAUGCUGUACAUGAAAUGUGUCAUUUGUUAAUGGAAAUUGAAGAAUCAGGAUUGAUUCAUCGUGUUAUUGACAAACAUAUAUAUGAACGUGUUUGCAUAUGUUUAAAAAGGUACGUAAAUUUCAAACUUGAAAAUCGAACAACGAAUGAUGAUACAUCGACAUCAAAUGUUGUUCAAGAACAACAAGAACAAUUGACAAAUUCAGAUGAACAAACGAAUCACACUGAAAUACCCAUAGAAGUGACAUUUUCGAUAUUAAAUCAAGUCUCACGACAAUGGAUUAAUGAAGAGAAAGAAUGGCGAGAAAAGAAAAUUCUAAUCGAUGAAUCCGAUUCAAUAAAAGAUUAA